AUGGGCUGCGGCUUGAGGAAACUGGAGGACCCGGAGGGACAGCAGCCCGGGAAAGAAUCUACUCCACGCUUGAAGAGACCGCAGGUGGAAAGUAAAACGGACACAGUGUACGUUGUGCUGCUGGACUUCAGCCUGGAAGGCAGCCGCCCGACGGUGCAGUACGUGGCCUCUCUGAGCGAGCUGCCUCUGGCCCUGCAGCCCUACUACACACAGGGCUACGUGCUGGCCGCCCUGCACCCCAUCAUCCUGUCGGUGGGGCGGACGCGCUCGCUGCCCUUCAGCCUGCUCUACCGCGCCAUCCUGGCCCGGCCCGCGCCCAGCAAGCAGACGGCGUCCAUGUGUCACAGCGUGCCCGUGCUGAGGGUGGAGGAGUGGCCGCUCCCUGGAGACUCGCUGACGGGCGACACCGUCCACGCUCUCAUCGACAGGGUGAACAGCAGCGCCCGGGGAGGCGUCCGAUUCAUCGGCUCCGUGCUCCAGCAGGUGAGUGGAAGUACGGAGGGCAGGGUCCACAGCCCCAAGAGGGGGUGUCGCUCCCCCCCCCACACCCCACCUGGAGACAGAGAGCUGGAGGACAACAGCUACAGUCCUGACCUCAGGCUGCUGGUGUUCUUCCACUCCUGGGCUCCUGGCUGUGCUCCUCUGGACUCGCUGGCCUGCCAGUACCACCAGGGGGCGCUGUCCAUGCGCGUGUCCAGGAAGGGCCAGGUGGUCAGCGCCCUGGAGGCCGACUGGCUGGAGCUGACGGCCGCCUACUACCGCCGAGGCUGGUCGCUGGUGGACUCCUUCGUCUACUGGAACACAGCGAAAGGUUGCUGUAUGUUGCAGGCGAAGCCGGUGCCCAGAUCCUUGGAGGGGCUGUUUGUAUAUGAGGAGAGAAGCACGUCGCCUCCGGCCAACGACACCAUCGUCGUAGAGCAGUGGACCGUCAUCGAGGUCAGCGUCGCUCUCAUUGUCAAAACCGACUACGGGCCCCUUCUGCACACGCUGGCCGAGUUCGGCUGGCUGCUCACGUGUGUGCUGCCCACACCCAUCAUCCGACACGACAGUGAUGGGAACCUUGCCACGAAGCAGGUCGUGUUUCUGCAGAGGCCGGUGAGGAGAGUCAGGCAGCAGGACACCACAGGAAGCAGGUAAACCAGGCUUCACAAGCUGAGUUGUGGCAGCAUUGUGGAGCAUCACUGCUCCCUACCGUCUCCCACCACAGGAGGCAUCGUGGGGUUCCCGGUGUUUGGAGGAGGCUAUCCCAGCGCCCUGUCCCACCUGGAGGAAGGCGUCUAUGAGCAGGAGGAGGGGAAGGCGGAGGUCACCUGUAUGUAAGCAGGAAAAGUGAUGAUGGUGGCGUUCAUCAUCCAGGAAAAGACAGACUCUGUACAGAUUCUCACCCAUGAACUCAGCACUUUUUAAUGAAGCCAUACUGACUAUUUAGGGAUAAACACACUUAGAUUCACACAUUUCUACUACAGGAAAGCUUUUGCUCAUUUCAGGUGCUAAUGGGGAAACAUUACAGUAUUAAAAGCACAAACACUGCUGCACAUUGAGGAAACGUGGUGACGAUUUUACUUCAGCUUGUAUUUACGUUACUUCACAGCUUGACAGUUAGAAAAGGAUCCUUGUCUUUUGGUUGUGAUGCUUAUGGAUGUUGUACCUUUGGUUACCCACCCUCUGAGCCUCGACGCAGGUGAGCUCAGGCUUCUCUUUUCGUCAGCGUGAAGAUGUUCGUCCUGCUUCCUCUGGUACCGAUGUCUUAUCGCCUCCUUGUCUGACUGGUGUCGUCUCCUAAUCAUUCUAGGAAUGGUUGGACUCAUCCUCGCAU